CUUCCCCUGUGCUUAACCGAUAAUUGCGAAAUUAAUUUGCCACAUCAGAUACAAUAAGCAGUGAAAAUCAUAAAAGAAUCGCAAGUAAUAUUCGAUAUCUCCACUAAAAUACAUCAAAAUAAAGUUCAACACACCACCUCAAGACGCCUAAAUAAAAGUUUUCGAUAUCCAACAUUCAGGAUUUGCUUUUAAAUCUUUAAAAACUUAUUUUUUCUUCAUAAUUUGAUAUUACCAGCUGAUACCUGUAAAAUAUGGCUCCAACACAAAGAAUAAAGGUAGCUAAUGAAAAGGCUAGCAAGAACAUCACCCUUAGAGGAAACGUGCCCAAAUCCACGAAAAACGGCGAUGAGAAGUUAAGCGUUGGACCCUGGCUGCUUGCUCUUUUCCUUUUUGUUGUCUGUGGAUCAGCGAUAUUUCAAAUAAUUCAAUCAAUUCGGAUCGCCUAAGAAUAAACUUAUUUUGGACCGCACAACUGAAGGAGACUUUGAAGACUAUCUUGGAUUUUUUUAUGUUUUUUUUUCAUCUAACGCGCUCAUUCCUAAAACACUGCAAUUGAGUUUUUCUCUAAACUUAUAUUAUACAACAACAUUGGCUAUUUAAAAUAGUUUAUGAAUUUCUGAAACUGUGGAAUUUGUAAAGAAUACAGCGAAAUCAUGUAUCAAGUGAGGAGUAAGAAAUAUUGAAAAAUGUUUUCAAUCCUUAACAGAUACAAAAGAAUAAAUCUUUUUUAAGAAACAAAUAAUA